UCCCAUCCUGCCUCAAGCCUCCAUCUGGGCGUACUCCGCUCUUCCUUCAGCCACACUCUUUUGCUUUACAACGAUCCUCUUUCAGGGCGCAUAGACUGCCGACACUAUAGAACCAUGUCGGCUGAAUUCGAGGACGUUCUCACCAACCAACCGGUCGUAAUUGACAAUGUUAGGUCUGGCACAAUAAAGGCAGGAUUCGCAGGCCAAGAUCAUCCGAAAUGUUUCUUCCCGUCUUUUGUCGGUCGGCCAAAGCACAUACGUGUCAUGGCUGGUGCCCUGGAGGGGGACGUAUUCAUUGGUAGGAAGGCGCAGGAGUUCCGCGGGUUGCUCAAGAUAAAAUACCCCAUGGAACAUGGAAUUGUCACGGAUUGGGAUGACAUGGAGCGGAUAUGGAGUUGGGUUUACGCUGAAGAGCUUGGAACACUGAGCGAGGAGCAUCCCGUACUACUGACGGAGGCACCACUGAACCCUCGGCAUAAUCGAGACGUCGCGGCGCAAAUCUUCUUCGACACAUUCAACGUUCCUGCUCUCUUAUCUCUGUAUUCCUCAGGCCGGACAACAGGUAUCGUACUAGACUCGGGCGAUGGUGUUACACAUGCCGUACCUGUGUUUGAGGGCUUCUCAAUGCCACAUGCCAUUCGAAGAGUAGAUGUUGCAGGAAGAGAUGUGACAGACCACCUGCAAUUGCUCUUGAGGAAGUCGGGACACCAUCUACACACUACCGCAGAACGUGAGGUCGUUCGAACCAUCAAGGAGAAAUGCUGCUACGUUGCGUUGAAUCCCGCCAAAGAGGAGAAGGACUCUCUCGGCCGAAACGAAGAAUUCCGGUUACCUGACGGGAACACAGUUCAACUGGGUCCAGAGCGCUUCCGUGCGCCAGAAAUCCUAUUCAACCCUGAGCUCAUCGGGCAGGAGUAUGCGGGCGUGCACCAAGUGGUAGUCGAUGCAAUCAACAGAGUGGAUCUCGACCUUCGCAAGUCGCUGUUUUCAAACAUCGUCCUCAGCGGUGGCAGCACCCUAUGUCGCGGUUUCGGCGACCGUCUACUGAACGAGGUGAAGAAACUCGCCCUGAAAGAUGUCAAGAUCAAGAUUUACGCACCUCCGGAACGCAAGUACUCUACUUGGAUCGGUGGUUCUAUCCUGGCGGGUCUCAACACUUUCAAGAAGGUAAUCUAGUUCCAGUUCUUCUCUACGUCAACCCUCUUAACAGUGGCAAUCACAGAUGUGGGUAUCAGCGGAGGAA